GCUGUGAGCACACAGACGGGGCGCGAGCAGAAGCUGCUGCUGCUGUUUUCAGAAAAUGGCCGACAGAUUUUCUAGGUUCAACGAAGAGCGUGAUUUCCAGGUAAUGCAUGACACACGAAUAUUGAAAGAUGCGUUUAUUAUCACAUUUAGACCUUUUCGCGCACACUUGUGGAAUUCGGUUCAGCUAACGGUGAAGAGUUAUUGUCAGCUACUUCACGCAGUUCGGUCUGUAAUGCGCGUCCUAGCACUGCAAGCUAGCUAAGCUAACGCUAGUGAACGAGCCCAUUGCACUGCGGCUGCUGGUUCUAAGUUCCCUCGUGUAUCAGGGUUCAUGAAGUGUAACAUUCCUUACAGCGUGUGUCUCACAUAACACCAGCACAAUAAAGAGAUAUUGAAGCACCACCAGCCAGUUUGUGACCUUGGAUAGACUGGUUGUUUAUCGACAUAUGCUAACGAUGCGUAGCUAGCAGGAAGCUAACCUGUACGCACAUUUGGGCUUCAUCGGCAUUAGCGAGAAAUAGCUGCAUCAUUUUCACUCAUAGCUCUAAUAUAGCAACUGCGGGUGAUAAUAAUAACUAAUCAGAACCUUAACUAGUCAAAGUCAUGUCUGUAUUUGAUCAUUACUGGUAUAUACUGCAUUUAAAAUGGGCAGUCUGAGUAAUGAUAGAUGAUAUUUCAACAUCAUGUCCUUGUCGUUUCUCAUCUGUUUGAUUUUCUGUUGUCAUUUUGUGUUUUCUGUCGCAGUAAAUGUAGUUGGUUUCAGUUUGUUGUAAUUUUGUGUCUGUAAUGUCACAUUCAUUACUAAUCUAAACACAUGAGGCAGUAAACCACUCUAAAUGUAUUAUCGGGGCUGCUCAGGUUCCGGAGGUUUGUCAUUUAUCAUCCCAAUAAAACAGUCAUUAUUGACAUCAACAUUGUAGUAUGUUUGCAAUCCAAACAGUAGUGUCAUAGCUGGGCUGCUGAAUUGUUCAACCUAUGUUUAAACGGUUUGCCUGUAGCUUUCUUAUCAGUGAUCUACAACCGCACCCAGUAAAAGCCAAACAAAACACCACUGACUUUGACAGCAAACUAAGUCCAUAAUGUAAGUCAGUGGUUUCUCAUCACUCACUCAUCACAGGUAUUGUUUCUAAAACCCCUCAGUUGGCAUUAUUUUCUCCCUGCAUACAUGUUGUACAUACACAUAUUUUGAAGCCACUGAACAGGUUAAUUCUUCUUUAACAUGGUUAUAAUUAGCUCAUCCACCUGCUUGGAAUGCAACGAAAUUAUUUACGAGGAAAGUCACUGUACUUCAUUCUGCUUCCCAUCCUUCUCAGAGACAAGCCAAUGUUUAAAUAUGAGCAUCUUCUUCGUAUCAGUGGAGUGUUUUCAGUUUUUUGGAUUGGAUCAGUGGUUCUCAAGUCCAGUCCUCGAGGCCCACUGUCCUAUGAUCAGCUCAUUAUCAAGCUCUGUUAUGGCUUAAUAACGAGCUAAUCAUUUGAAUCAGGUGUGUUGGAGCAGGAAAACAUCCAAAACAUACAGAACAGUGGGCCUUGGGGACUGGACUUGAGAACCACUGGAUUAGAUUAACCAAUGUGAAGCUACUUUACAUACUUCAGCCUACAGUUUUGGGAGUACAUGGCUGCUGUCUUGUACAGACAUUCUAUUUUAACUAUUGACUGCUCAAUAAAUGUUGCCACCAGUAUAUAAAAAUUGAAGUUUUGUUGGAUCUUGAUAUGAUUAAGAACUGGGAGGUACAUUUUUUUGCACGUUAAACAAGAAGGCUUUUGUCUCAUCUGUGUUGGCUGUGUUGUCUCAGCACUGCUGAGUAAACAAUGAUGUUCAGGGUCAGAGAAAUGACCUGGAUGAGUUAUCUAAACCAGCCCAGCAACUUUUCUUACAUUUUCCAGGCAGCAUUGUCUUUUACACCCCCAUCAAAAAGUUGUUUUUUUUGUCAUUGUGAAAUACUAUUUCAUGCCAUUGUGAAAUACAGUGAAAUGUCAUAAAUUUUUCCCUGAAAAUUGCUGCCUGCUGUUCUUUUAUUGUCAACUUCUUGUUUGAGUAAUGUGGCAAAAUAGGCAGAGAAACUCUUUACAAAUCUCUCUCUGUGUAUGUAUAUAUAUAUAUAUAUAUAUAUAUAUAUACAUAUGAAGGGAAUUAUUUGUGAAAUAGUUUUUUUUUUAAAUCCAACCAACCGUGUUGAUUUCUAGUGGGAACUCAGUAUUCUGGUGUUUUGUCAGUGAGAGGUGAACUGCAGUAGAGGCUGAAUGAGUCUGUUGAGAGCAGCCCCAGCUCCGCACAGUGAAGCUCUGUGUUUGAGAACUGCUGUGGAGGCAUUCAUAUGUUCAGUAUUCAGAAAGUUUACCUCUGACUCCACUGACUAAAGCCUGCUGCCAAGCAACACGGCUCAGGAAACACCCACAGAUGGUCUACCUCAUAUCGGCAGCACAACCAGUCCAACAGCUCAGUCAGCUCUAUUGAUUUACAUUGUUGUUUGAGCCGUAGCAUGCGGCUAACCUUGAGUUGUAGAAACACAGCAGGCAAUUGAUGAGCUUCCACAGAGCCGUCUGGCAGUAGAUCUCUUACUUUUAAUGUGGGAUGGUGGGUCGCAUCCAUUUGCCUGAAGUGGAACAAAUGGAAAUUUGCUCUCUUGAUAUACAUCAGAGGGUAAAGUGAUGAUCAUUGCUACUCAGCAUUGCUGUGGUAUUUGUGUACCAGCCAAGCCAACGAGGAAACAAACAGCAGUGAGAAUGAGAAAUCAUUGGGUAGGUGGGAUUUGUGCUGACAGGACACAAAGUGGUCGUUGAGCAGGAGAGAUGAGGAAGGGGAAUCAUCGAUUUUUUCAUUUGCAUCUCCUCCUCAUCAUAAUCCACAGCUUCACUUAUGCUGAUGAAGUAUCUUGUUUCUUCUGAAUUAAUGACUAAAAGCGUGGCAUCAAAUCACCUCAUUACUGCAGGCUGAUUCAAGCAGUUGCUUAUCUCUGCAAAGCCAGAUUCCCCGAGAGACUGCAUGGGGUAAAUUGUCUUUUAUGGCUCAGCCUGUUUUCACAUUGUCUUUUUACAGCUAUGUUAAAUGUCCAGUUAUGUAGCUAUACAUGGUGAAAGCCCGACAUGAUAAAAAGGAAAAUGUAAAUAUUCAAUUGUGCACCCCCCGUCCUUUGGUGAAUAAGUAAAAUAACUCCUGAUGAAGAUGUUUUUAUUAGUCUUAUUGCUUGAGCUGCAGGCCGCUGGUAAAUAGUAAAACCAUGGACUAUAUUUGGACUUGUUCAGUUUCCAUCUUAUUUGAAGGUCAGAAGAAAACAGCUCACAAACAUGACCUUCUUUUCUCCUCUGCAGCUAAAGAGAGGAAGCCAUCUGUCUCAGGGCAGAAACUGCUCUAUAAACACCCUCCUUUUGGCGUAGUUUGAGGUAGCAAGCCCAUUACUCACUCUGUGUCCCACACAGGGCAUUGACUUCAAACAUAACAGUUCAGUUUGUAUAAACAAAGCUGUGCUUUAAAUUCAGACAACAAACAGCCUGAGGAGGGACCCUGUCUUCUUCACUGAUGCCACUGCCAGAAUAAAUUUACCAUGAAAUAAAGCAGACCUACGCUAAAUCAAGUUGAUUUAAAAUCAAGACUGAGAUUAAACUGAAGUAUUUUCCAGCUGAAAUGUUCGUCCAAAAUAUGAACCCUGCAUUUAAAACUCUUUAAAAAUACAACAACAAGGCAGUGGGAUGUGCUGUGAGGGUGUAAGAAGUAUUAAAAGAGACUAGUAAGAUCACAAAUCACAUCAAGCUUUAUUCUUUAGUCAGUGAGUGUGUUGAGCUUCAAAUAAGUGCUACAUUUUUACAUUAGUGUAUGUUCUUUAUAGAUUUUUUUCUGUUAUUUUGUGGUACAUAAGUAGUAUUUCAUUAUUUUUAACAGUGUUGAUGUUGGACUAUUUCUGUAAUUAUGAGCAGUAAUUGGUGUUUCAAAGUUAUUUGAGUUUUUCCUGAAACAGGAAGGCCAGCAUAAAGUUUAAGAGAAAGGUAAUGAAUGUAGUUGAUGCAUCUUGUUGGAGGUACAGCCAGGGUUCACAUCCAUCCUGUCGUGUGCCCUCUUGAGCACUAAGCAAAAGAAAUCCUUCCCUGAAACAAUGUUGCCCAACUCGCUCCUGUGCAUUUUCUUGCAUCUGUUGAAGUUGUGGUAUCAUAUUAACCAAACUUAUAGAAAGAAAGAAAUGUGGGGGAAAAAACAUCUUGGUUAAUAUCUUGUACAUGCUUGUUAGGUUUGUAUUCCUUCAAAAUGUCAUGAUGCAAAAUCCUUAUUUACAGAGAUACCUGAAGAUAUGAACAUGACAGUUACAAAUACUGAAGAUGUGCAAGUAUCUCCAGACAAAUCUUUGAACUUUUACAGCGUUUAGUUUUUUGGAGAUCGUUUUCUAUCAUUCAUACACUAAUUAUAUGCUCUACAGAGGUGUUAGUGAUGAUAAUUGACUUUUUUUUAUGACAUUAGUUUUGAAGAGUAAAAGAAAUGCUGUUCCUAGUUUAACUGGAUAUUCUGGUUAAGUGUCCUCCUACUUAAACCACUUGUCUACCACUCUAUCCAGCUAAGUGUCCUCCUACUUUAGCCACUCAUCCUCUACUCUUUCCUGGUUUGCUGUUUAAGUGAUCCUGCAGCUUGAUUUCACUUCCAUCAGAUGGCUUUUCUUUUUUAUCCAAAGAUGAUGUGUUUACCGCGAUUGUGCAUUAAUGUGUACCAGAAUAAAAGCUAAUAAAAGACAAGACAACUCAGUACUGACGUUACUCUGCUACGUGUCAUGGACAGUGAUGGCAGCAAACAACCAAUACUAGAGGUGUACAUUUUUGAGGACUGGACUUGAGAACCACUGUCUUAAUGUAUAUUUAUUUUCACCAUCCAUGGUACUCUCACUGGCCGUUAAUGUAAGUGCAUUCAAAAGCUGUCGGCCAACUGUAUCCAAACUAGAGAUAGACCGAUGAAUUGAUUGUCCAGUUAAUUGAGUCUGGCCCUCACAAGGCCAGUGUCAUCAUCAUCCUCUCUAAAUGAAAACACAUUUCCCUUUUAUCCAGUGACAGUACAUCCACUGUCAAACAAUCACUAGCUGCUGCUUAACACAGAAAUAUCAUCCAUGUUCUGAAAUCUACAGCACGACAUGUAGAAAGUAUUUGUCUUUUUCAUUAAAUUAAAAUCCAUCUCAGACGUCUUACUGGCUGAGACAGCCAUGUGUUUUCGAUUUGAAUGUGCCUGUAAUGUGCUUUUUUUAAAUCAAUUUCAGAUGGCUGGAUAGAAAUCCAAAUCUCUUAUGGCAGUUUUUUUUUUCACUGUGGAAUAUAAUUUUCUGUCUACAUUUAUUUACUUGCAUCUUUUCUCAAGUUCUGUGAUUUUGUUUCUCAUUCGUUAUUAUUAUAAAAGCAUUGUAUUUUUGUCAAUAGCAUUAGCAAAUAUAUAAUGCUGAUAUUACUUUAAUGUUUUGUUUUUUAGGUAUUAGCUGACCUGCUGAGAUAAUUAUUAUUGAAUAAUUACAUCUCAGUGAUUAUUGAAAAGUAUAAUUGGCGAGUUUUGGCCGAUUACCAAUUAGUCUCAAACGGGCUAAAAUUGGGCCCUACUUUGGACUAUGUAGUUAUAACAUGUUGACUACAUGACCAGAGAGGCUUACCGACACAAGAAUCUCCAGAGCUUUUGUGAACUAGCCAUUCCAUUAUAAAUCAUUAAUUGUAGGUAUUUGUGUGUGUCAUUCCUGCUCUACAGCUUUGUUUGUGUUGUUGUCUGUUAAACCUUACUGGUCAUUUUUUUAUUUUUAUUCCUCAAUUGUUUUUCAUGAAUUUGUCCAUUAAUUGCUUUGCUGAAAAAAAGUGCUGAAAUUGCCAAAUAUCAAGAUAUUCAAGUUUGCUUUUUGUGUCCAAACUACUUUAAAUACUGGAAGAUUUUUCUGGUGAUAUGAUUAUCUCAAUCAACAGUGAUUUUGUCUUUCUUCAGAGGGCAAUUUUUUUCUUUUACCAUACACCAAGCAGGUCUGAACUUGACGUUUCUAACAUGAGUCUUUUAACAUGUGUCGUUUAGGGUGGAAAUCAUUUUGACCAGUAUGAAGAGGGCCAGUUGGAGCUGGAGCAGGCGUCCCUGGACAAGCCCAUUGAAUCGGUAAGACUGCAUCUAUCAUUCAGCACUAUUGGACCAGCUGUGAGAGUGGAUGAUUGGUCCAGGGAGACAUAAAAACCACAACUUUACUCAGUUCAUUCUGAUCAUGUAGAUGCAUCCAGUGUUGACGUAAAACAAAACUUGUCAUUCAACUUGUAGAGUCACCUGUCUCAUGUCCAUUAAUACCCUGUUAGUCCUCCCCCCUUCCCAUGUCCUCUGCCUACUCCAUUUCCUGUGUGACAGCUAAAGUAAUGAUGCAGGAUCUAGAUCUACCUGUUUUCACAAAGAGCCUACAGAUAAAUGUUUGAUUUUUAUACCAGUCUCCCAUUAGUCAUUGUUAGUCAUCUCAGCACUGUGAGACAACAAGACAACCCUGAAACUGGAGUGGAUUAAGCAUAGUCACCAGUGGCUGUUUUUAAAGUGCUAUAGCUCUUAAUCCAUUUUAAGAUAAUCCCAAAGACAUUUCGGGGAUUAUAAUAGAAAGAUUUUAUCCUAGAUAUACUUUAAGUGUGGAUGCUCCUGCAGUCACACAAAAGAUCAUCAUACAUAAACACAGUCUAGUUAAGCAAUCGACCACUCUGUAAUACAACAUUUCUUUUUCAGGGGUGAAACACAGAACAACAAAAUAAUCACAAUAUAUAGAUUUAAUUGAGCCUGCUGAGUGAUGGAGUUCACAUCUGCUUAUAUUGUAGAGACGCGGAUGAGUUUGGUAGAGAAUAGAGGACUGUGCUUAUUCCACUCCAUUUAGCAAACAGGAGCUCGACAUUAGAUGGUGUGAAUGGCUACAUUUGUGUUUGAGUGAAUGUGUUUUUAUGUAGCUGUAGAAUUUCUGUGUUAGUGUACAGUGUUUUUGUCUAUAGGACAGUUAUCUUAUUGUACACAACUUGGGGUGUUCGACAUUUCUCUCCUGCAGCGAAUUGGCCCCUAUUAGCUAAGCAGCAAUGACCUGGUUUGUAUUUGCACGCUCUGCUUUCUUACUCCUAUCUUUAGGGUCCUUGUAACGCUUCUCUGGCUCUCUCUCUCUCUUUCUCUCUCUCUCUCUCUUUCUCUUUGUCUUUUUCACUGCUGUCACACUCUCAAUCUAUUCUUCCUCUACCUCUCUCGCUCCCUCCCUACUACACAGUGAUUCGGUGUACAGUACCCUCUGUCAUUCUGUGCUGGCAUGGUGCUUGUGCAACUGGGACUGCAUUUUUCGCUGAAGAGGCACAUGGAUAAUAGCGCAGGAAGCUCUCUUCCCUCUAUCUUUCCAUCUCUCUCCAUCCCACACCCCCUUUUUUGUCUCUGAAGCGCUGUGGCGAGCAGGCCUAAACUCCUCUAACACACAGUGUCUGGUCACCUCUCCUCAAGGUGAUAGAGGUGCUCUGUGAGUCAAUCACAUGGGAUCAGCAACUAGUUGGAGAUUGAAAUGAUGGUGUGGGAAUAUCCAUCAGCUUAUUUAACAAAAAACACAACUAACAUGUUUAUUUUAAUUUCAGUAUUUUUAUACAUUGAUUAAAAAACGUAAUAUUUAGGACACUUUUAGUGUUUGCAAGACAUUUAUUUAAUACAUUUUUAAAUAGAAAUACACGAGUGAACUUGUAUACAUCAGCUGAGUUUAAUAAAUAGUGUCCUGGCUCACAAGCACACACAAACAUCCCACUGUGUGUGGGUGGUGGAGAGGGGGGGGAAAAGAAUGGGAGAGAGGUGGCCUGCUCACCUGGCUCGAGUGGCUCUUUUGCUCCUGCGCUAUUAUUUGUGGAGGGGCGCUGAGGGCCAUGCUGCAGCAUCACACAGCUCUGUAACUAAACGGCGAGAUCAGAGGCGCCGUCAACUCUCGCUUAGUCACCAAUUAUUGUAAUAUUUGCACACCUGCAUGCUCUCUCCGUGGAAACAAGAUGAUGGCAGGCUUUUUAUCUGCAGGCAAGUAAUGCACUGUGGAAGUUUGCCACCAGUAGAAAGUUUAACAGAAUUUGUUUAAUCAAGUAUUUUUAGAAAUGAAAAUAAAAUAUCGCCUGUUAAUAAAGUCAAAUGUUAGCCGAAUAACUCAUAGGAGCCUCCAAAAUGACCAAAAGAACAUUAAGAAAUGUGCACCUUAUCGUGCAUUACCUCACAGUAGACUUACUGUUAUGAGUCACAGUAUCAAAACACAUAGAAGUGCAUACGUCAUAUUAGCCUGUAGUUGGGCACACAGGUUCUUGUAUGUUUCUGGAGUGGAAACCUCAAAGGGAUGUAUCCCAGAGCUGUCAGUGAAUGGUUCAGCCCAGUUCCUCAGAGCCCCUCCCCUGCCACUUACUGUGUGUGAUCUUUAGGCAGCUAGAGGUCUGUGGUACUUUAUUGGGAUCUUUUUUCUCUUUCUGUCUUUCCCUCUUUGGUCUUUUUGCUCUUUUUAUAUCUAACGUUGUUUUUGCAUUGCAUGUGUUAACUUGGUAGCAUUCAGUACUAUUUAUUUCGCAACACUCUUGUCCUAAUCACUACUAAAGUCCCCCCCCCCCAGACUCAUUCCUCCCCACGUUUCCUGCCCCCUCUCAGCCCCCCCCAACCCACCCCACCCCACCCUACCCUCCUCCUCUUCACCUGACUCUGUCCCUGAGCGAUAUGCAGUGGGCAGCCUCAGAGCCACAGAAACUAUAGAAAACCACCAGAAAUCAAAUGAACAUUUUUCAUCAAAAAGUGUGUUGCUUUUUGGUAACCUUGACUCACUGUCUUUAAUACGGUUUCUCAUAUCAGCUGUUACUGAAUUAUGACGUCUUAGUUAUUAAGAGGUUUUAGACUAAAGGGGAAAAAAUAAUAACCUGGAGCACAUGGUUGUAAAUCAGUCAAAUCAACUUACCCCAAUCUUGCUUUUAUUUGGUUUAGUGCAGUGAUUCUCAAGUCGAGUCCUCAAUGCCCACUGUCCUGCAUGUUUUAGAUGUUUCCCUGCUCCAACACACCUGAUUCAAACGAUUAGCUCGUUAUUAAGCCAUUACAGAGCUUGAUAACGAGCUGAUCAUUUGAAUCAGGUGUGUUGGAGCAGGGAAACAUCCAAAACAUGCAGGACAGUGGGGGGCUCGAGAACUGGACUUGAGAACCACUGGAUUAGUGUUUAGAAAAAAAAAUGGCACAGUGCUUGCACAACUUGCAUCUAACCAAAAAAAAAACAAAAAAACCCAGUAUUGGUUUCAGUCCUCUUCAGUGGAGUUUAUGUAGAUAUAUUUCAAUAGUACUUGCAGAUGAUGAUUUGUCCCUUCACGGUUAUGAGGUAAGUAUGUUUUUUAAAAUAUUGUAUUUAAAUAUUUACAUUAAUUGGACUCUGCUUCUCUGUAAUUUCCUCCAUGGCACAGCUAAGGAAAUCUUAAAUCUCUGUGUUAGUCCAAUGCAUCCACAGUUGACCUCUGUUUAUUAGGGAAAGAAAGGAGCUUUCUGUUUAAGCAGUUUACUCUGUUUCCAUUUAGUAAUACCUGCUUAUAGUUGAGGCUGCCCAGGAAAGUACAUAGCAGCAAACACCAGGGAGCUGUAAAAGUGUUUGAAGAGCUGCAGACUGAAGGUCCUGUCUUUCCUCAGCACUUGCAAAAGGACAUCCUGCAGAGACAAAACGAGAGGAUGAUGAAUAACCGCUGCAGCCCCUGUUUUUGUUGAAAUCCUGUGCUGGUUUUCAUUUCAAAACAUGCAGAUUUUCUCAGAUCUGUUAGUCAAAUAUUUGGUUGGAUGUGGUUAAUCUUGGUUUAGUGACUUAUUAUGAUUGUUCACAUCCUUGAAAGUCAGCCAUGCCAGAGCUUACCACCCUGAGACACACAAACACACCCAGAACUGUGCACACAUGGACGUGAGAAGCAAUAACUUUUCUACGUAUUCUGAGGUCUCCGGGCAAGGUCCCCUGCAUAUCACUUCUCGACCCAAUCCUCUCUUCAUGUGCUGUGCCGAUGACUGCACAGUGCACACUUUCAAAACACCCCCCCUCCCUGUAGAGUUCUUUUGUUUGGUUAACAUUUUCUAUUUUCCUUUCUACUGUAUUAACAGUGAGUUGGUGGAUUUAUUGACAUACCUACCUUUUUCUGUUUGUGUACAGUUAUGUUAUGUUUGUUUAAAGCAGAGAGAGAAUUGCAUUUUUUUAGUCUUAGUGAAGAAGUCAAGAAGAAUUGCAGUUGAAAGCGUUUGGCCGGUUUCUUACGUUGUGUCACGUGUGACUGUUUCUUUGACAGCCCAGUAUUUUAAAGCCAGGUUCGUAUGGAAAUGCCUUCACUCCACUUGCACUGCUGUUGGACUCGCCGUCGUUGCUUUCAUCCGUCUGUCUGUCUAUUCUUUUGGUGCACUUAAUUUGUCGUUCAGCACACAGUCUGCACUUCAUCUCUGCCCUCUAACCUUUGCGUAGACCAUUCUGAACUAAUCUUUGUGUCUCCAGACACAACUGGUGCCUCGUCCAACCUGCCCUUCUUCUUCAAACAAGGUUUUAGAAAUCUUACUGGUAUCAAACAAAAGAUGAUAACACAGUUUAGUUUAAAGAUCACGUUUCAUACAAAGUAGAGCUCACAGAUGUUUACAUUUUGUAUGCCCUCCUUUGCGAGGUUGCUCCGACUUUUGUCUUGGAAAAAUAGACACAGGAGCUUACAGAUAAUGAAGAGGCUGAAGAGAAGUAUUUACCAGCCAGCUAGGGUACAAAGGAUUUUUUCCCCUCCUUACUCCCAGCUUUAUAUAUCAGCUAAUUCCCCAAAUCAAUACAAACGAUCAUGUGUACAGUGUCACUGCAGCAUAAUACUGCAGUAAAGGACAGAAGCAUACCCAAUGUCAGCUGGAGGGGAGGUGUUCACUGCAGCAAACUCUGCAGUGUUUCGCUCCACGGUGAAGUCAGGGAAUGUGUUAUCCGCCCAGAAAGAGGUAAACACACACUAUCAGCAAAACAACUUCAAACUCUGUGCACUUGAAUGUGCCGAACCACAAGGCAGGAGCAUCUCAUACACCGUGAUAGCAUUCUGAAUGUAAUUGUUAUUGUAGCACCAAUAGCAGCUGGCUGUCUCUAAUUCCCCACCAUGUUAGGCCCGGUAUGGAUUCCUCUCUUAUCUCAUCCCACAGCGGACAAGAUCUGACAGUCACACAGAGUGAGCUCGGCUCAUGCAUACAUGGAAUGGAGGAAAAACAGAAACAGGAAGUCAAGCUGUCCAGCCUUUCUCCCUCAGGGCGUAGAAGCAAAUAUCAGGCAGAUGUUCUAGAUGUAUUUAUCUUCCUGGUCGUUAUGACAAAGCGGAAUUCAAGAUUUGAUAUGAGGUGGGGCAAAUAAAGGCAACAGUGAUCAACAAAGAGAUUACACCAAAUUUACCACAAUUGAGACCUUGUGGGCGGAGAUGCAGUGUGUGCUGUGUGUGACUACCACUCCCCUUCACAAGCACUAACCCAUACAAGCCCAGCUCACCUCCACCACCCUAGAGUCACUCCUCCACCAUGGCUCAGCCUGCUCUGUUCUGCCCCCCUCUGUUCAGACCUCCUCUUUUGCCAAAGAGAACUAAUCGAGCCCCGUUGAGCCAUCACCCUCCACUCUGUGCCUGAUCCACCUGAGACUAACACACUUGGAGUUGUGUCCACCUGCCCUCCAACCAAAGCCCACCCCCCCGCCCUCUAUAUGUGUGCCAUUCACUGUGCACUACUAACCCCGACGACCCUUUUUGUUAAAGCCUUUAACAAAAAGCUGCAUGCUGUUUUUGUUCCAACCCCUUCACUUUCUGUUUGUGAAAGUUGAUGUCAAUCUCUUUGUGAUUAUAAAUCUCCUUUUUUUUAUUUUUUGUUUGGUUUGUAUGUUGUUUUGGUAGAAUGCAGCACUCUGGUGAAUGUUAGAUAUACGCUUGGAAUAGUUAUAAUCACAACAUGAAAAAAAAAACACACUGCUUACAAAGAAAUCUCAUCGUUUCCUGUUAAUUUGUGCUUGAGGAUGUACUGUAGUGUGUAGUGGUGGGACGGUCUUGCAUUUCACUCAAUGUUUUUUUUUUCUGCUGACUCAUACUAGUGAUAAAACAGUGUCAGACACAUUUGGCACCAGAGUUAGCUAGGAAUUUCUGUUGUGUAUGUUCUUGUUUUACCUCCGUAGCCUCUGAAUCUUUAUCAGUUGCCUGAUCUCAUCCAAAAAAAACCAUUAAAGUAGAAUUUUAAAAGCUACCUUGCAGCUCCGUAGUUUUUAAUUGUAAGUUUUUAGUUUAUGGAUUAGGAUAACUCUCAGAAUGAUCUAUGAUUAAAGCACUUCUGGGGCCAGACCACUGAUAACAAACCAGAGGUGUCUGAAGACAUGCACAACAAUCAUUCCUUGUAUCUCUAAUGGGGCCACAUGCACACUUUGUCUCCCUUUGUUCACCCGCACACCCACAUACCCUCUCACAUGUGCAUAUUCUGUCCACCCUGGGCCUUGUAAUGGUAAUCCAAGGCCCACUAGCUCCACUUCUAUCUCUUCCUCUCGCUAUAUAUUUUUUGUGACAGCUGCAUACGUCUCAUGGUGCUCCCCUUGUCAUGGUUACAGAAUCACAGCAAGCUUGGAGUUUCUGGUCUUUGUUAUGUUAAUGCAAGAUUUCCAUACCUGUUCUGUGUCACUUUUCUUUGUGUAUACUAAGAUCUUGCUCUGUAGUGGUUCAUAUAUGUAUGCGUGUGAUACAUAUAUCGCCCUCUCCUCCUUACUCCUCCUCCUCCUCCUCUUAACACCUCAGUUAGUGGAUGUUACCUGAUGUAUUAUCUUCAUCAUCCAAAACAAUAGAAAUACUCACGCCCAAUUUCCUCGCCUUAAAAUCAAGUUUGGAAACUGCACUCUUACUGUAGCUGGGUGUCAAGUUUACAAGGCUCUACACAGCCUCAUAGUGGAAAGAAACUCUCCUUCCUCUCAGUCUGCUACCCCCUGUCUCCCCCUACUGCCCUUCCCACUCCUCGUGCUGGAAGACACUGAUGUUACACGCUGUAGGUGAUGUGGAUGACUAUACUGAUGAUGGUGAUGGUAGUGUUGAUUGUGCUGAUGUUGAUAGCGUGAUCUGAGUGUUUUUCUUUCAUUUGUUUUUUGAUCAGUGCACACAGGGAAAAGCUUCUCUUAUUAUUGGAAUAUUUUUGGUUUUUUUCUUCUCUCUCCUCUCUGUUAGGAUAACAUCGGGCACCGGCUGCUUCAGAAACAUGGCUGGAAGUUGGGGCAAGGUCUUGGCAAAACCAUGCAGGGUAAGGCGUCACUCUUCACUACACCUUUUGUUCAAUGCUGGUGGUACUGGGCCACUGCCCUCUGUCAUUUCUUUUCCCCCCUCACACUUGCAGGUUUUUUGAAUCAGCAUACUUCCUUUUCUCUUCUCACACUCUGUGAUCUCUCCUUCUGUGUCUUUUGCUGGGUAAAAUGUAUUUUUAUUGAAAGAAACAUUGUUCCUGUCGCUCUUGUGCUGCUCUUCCCUCAAACUUCUUUGAACCAUGUCACUCUCUUUGAAUUUACUUACAAGAACCUUUGGGGCCAGUUUUAGUUACAGAAUAAGCCCCCCUUUGGCAAUGUCAGUAGACCCAGUCCAGGGUCAAAAGGCACCAGAAACAUUCUGGCUUCCAGUCUGUUUGGAUCGUGUCUAAAGGUUUUUACCAGACCUGUAAUGGAGGUCUUACUCUUUUGUAGUUGUUUCCUCUUUCAAAGAUGUAUUGAUGUCAUGAGUACUGUACAUUUACAGUUGACUAAUAUUUGCUUUUUCUUUGGCGAAGUAAAUGAACAAGAACAAUGCUGUGAAAGCUCAGCAAGAGAUUGAAGCGUUCAGCUAGAGAGAGCUGCAUUAUCAAGGUUUACUGUCUGGAGACAGCUGUGAUUGAGAGGCCUAGUUUAUAUCGACUGGCUGUAAGAGGGAGCAGGCUGAACAGGACUGAGUGAGUGGGUCGGCCUUGGCUAACAUCGGCACCACAUAAGCUCAGCCCUGCUCUACUCGUAGGCUCGUUGGUUCAGAGGCACUGGUGCAGAGCCCUGGCAUGUUUCCACUGAGCCUCUUCCUGUCUCUUCACCCUCUUCCCUCUCCUCAUCAGUAUCUUUAUUCUCCGUAGCUGUUCUCCGCUCUCUUUUAAAAGCCUCUCCCUCCUCUGCUCUCGGUCCUCGGAGGACUGUGCAUUACAUUGUCUGUGAUUGAUGUCAUCGCUGGCAAGCCAGUGAGUCCUCGCAGUCCACCAAAAAAGGAGAUGUUUUUCCACAUAAUUUUGGGCAUUCAGUUCGUUUACCUCCUUUAUCAUAUUCUCUCUACCCCCCUAAGUCCAUACCAUCUGAGCUUAAAGUCUCCCACUGCGAUUUUUUUUUUUUCAUUUUAGCCCACUUUACUUUCUUUAUUGCUUAUUGGGAAGUAUUGCUCAUGUGCAUUGCUCUUCCUGGAAGCUCAGCAACAUUUUGAUAUAAAACACCUCUCAUUCUGCAAGAUAAAAGCCUCAGCACAUGCCCACUAGCCUUACACAGAAUACAGAGGGACCUAUGAGGAGUACGGCCUUGUUGACUAUCUGGAGAGUCAUGUACAAGAGAAGCAAGAAAAGGAAAUUGUGAUUUAAUCUAUUCAUUUGAUAAAUGUUGCCCAUGUGUAGGCUAGUGAUCUUCCAUGGUGACUAAUUUUCUGGUUUAAACAGAAAUGUAAUUUCUAAAUGACAGACUGGUCUCAAAGUUAGAAAACAACCCCGCCCCCCCUAAAAAAAAACGAACAAAACAAAUCGUGAUUAGAGUCACAAGUGAAUGAUAUCAAAGUUAGUUUAAUCAACACUCAAAUAACUGGCACCACCAGCCGUUGAUACUUGGUCCAGGUUAAUCGCCGCAUGCUGGGCUGGUUAGGAAUUGCUUUAGGUCAAGUGGUCAAUGCCAGUUUAAGUAGACACAGCUUGCAUACGACUUUAUCAAAAUGCUGCCAAAACCCAUCACCUAGAGCAGUGGUUCUCAAGUCCAGUUCUUGAGGCUCACUAUCCUGCAUGUUUUGGAUGUUUCCCUGCUCCAACACACCUGAUUCAAUGAUCAGCUCGUUAUUAAGCCAUUACAGAGCUUGAUAACGAGUUGAUCAUUUGAAUCAGGUGUGUUGGAGCAGGGAAACAUCCAAAACAUGCAGGACAAUGGGCCUUGAGGACUGGACUUGAGAACCACAGAGUAGUAUCACACUGUGGCUGUAGUAGUGGGUGUGUAGCCACAACAUAUGACUGGCAUUCUGGGUGCCUACAGUCAAAAAAAUAGGAUGAAUUUGUUAAACCGACAAGUUUUACUGGUGCUGAUAUGACUCUUUUGUCGACCUUACAUUGAAGACCCUGUAGUGUAGACAUGCAGACAGUUAGAUCAGUUGUACCUGCUCAUGUAGUUUGCAUCUAACCUUGUGUAGAUGCAUCUGUGUGGUCUCAUGUUUGAACAGUUCAUGUUUGUGUGAGCACAGAUGGAUACACAGGCGUGAUGACGGUGUUGUUGCUGCCCUGGCACUUAUCGUUCAUGUACAUAUAUGGCCUUGGUUCGCCGUGUCGUCUCAUGGGUGUUUUCAGGGAGGCCAGUCACUGAGCAGACCAGGAUGCUGCCUCGCUCUGGGCAGGUUGACACGUUUAUUGGAGAAUAACCACGCCGCAGUCAGUUCUGAGCUUCACAUUUGGUGUCUGUUGAUAUAUCUCUCCACCUGGCCUUGAACGACCGAGCAGCAAUCUUUUUUUUUUGAUGCGAUGAGGAUGAAUGCUCUGUGAGGAGGAGAGGACGUUGUUGUAGGGGCUGACUGUGCUCUUGUUUUUGCCGCUGGCACCACUGACACGUGGUUAUGUAAGCAUCCUGCUUUGUGGGCAGAUGAGACUGCGGCAAACUGUGUCCAGUUGUUGUGUAGGAAUUAAUGGCUCAGUGUUUUUGGCCCACUAUUGCUGUUGGAAUUCAGGAGUGCACGAGGGAGUAGACUAGACUCGCAGCAAAAAUGCACCUUUGCAUCACACUGAAGACUGCUGGAAAAACCAUGAUAAUCUUCCUCUCCUUUCCUGUCCUCCUUGCCAGAAGAGAAGGUUUUUGAUGUUUGAAGUGAAAGCAUUGUGUCCCCUUUUUAAGUUUUCACUGUAUUGACUUUGUUCUUAUUCUUCUUUUGUCCCUUUUGCCCCUUUUUAGGUAAGGUUUGUUGGACCCCCUCUGUAUGUCAGUAUGUGUGUGUGUGGGUGUGUUUUCUUUCUCCCACUCUGCAGUUGACCUCAAUGUAACACCCCUUUUACAGUGUACUGUAGGCUAAUGGCCUCUGUCAGCUUCUUCCUCUUUGCUUCAUAAUCACUAAACCUUUUUAUUAUGAUAAUCUGCACAAGAGUCAAGUGCUUCGAUUUGAACAAAGAACGAAAUUCCAUUUGAAAUCAAAGAUAGAUCUAGGAAGCCAUGAUUCCAUCACAUCCCUUAGAAUCAUCCUCUCAACGUAUGUUAGAUUUUUUUUCCUCUCCGAGUUUCCGUUGCCGCUGUCGGGUAUCUGAUUGGCUGUAACCACGGCUCAGACUUUGAAUGGCUUGCAGAGUAGAGAAGUUUCCCCCCCUCUUGCUUGUUUGCCUGUUUCUACCUCCAAACCUGUGAAAAUUGUGUAUGUGUGUGUGGUCAUUACGUGGGACUGAGACGUGUGCGUGAGCGUGUCUGUUACUGACCGGGCCAUAGAGUCAACUUACAGGGAAAACCUCACCACCCUUUUGACACCCUGAAUGUCUCUGUCCCCAUGGUUACACACUCCCGUCCUCCCCCUGUUUCUUUGCCCCUCCUGCACAGCAUGUUUGUCCCAGCGGUGCACUCCUGCCUGCCUCAAACUGUCACACUCACCUGGGGCUUUAAGCAGUGUUGGAGGUUGAACACUGAACUGUUACUUUCACACAUUAGCGUUAAAUCGAACACUCUAGUCAUUCACAUUUUUUUUAAGUGUACUGUAGUAAAACUGCUUCCACACAGCAAUGCAGACCCCGCUCUAAGCACUGCUCAAAGCCUUGCUGGCUCUUUCCUCAGGUACAUUCUAUUUGUGUGUCAUGCGUUCACAUGUUCCGGGGUAAAGCACAUCUUCAAACACAUUCUUGCUGGCUGUAAGCUAGCUCCGAAACGAAGGAAUAUCUGGGAGAUUUUGCUAACUGGGCUGACAAGCGUCUCUGAGGCAAAAAGCUCAAAGGGGGAAAAUGGUGGUUGUCCCUAGAGUCAUCUUAUCUUCUCAGAUUAAGUAAGAGGAUCUCAAUUUCUGAAAGAUGAAAUGUUGGUCACUGACUUUCAAAAAUUUCUCAGCGAGGCGAAAGUAAGAAUUGAAAUUAUGAGGGAUGCAUACAGAACCACAUGCGUACUUUUUAGAGGGGUAGUAUUCUGAUAUCAGAGGGGCGCAUUCUGGCGUUGAGAGCAAGAUGACGCCAGGCUAGGGGCCUGGGGACGGGGACGAGUGGUUGGGAGAGAGUGGUGAGAGGAGAUCCCUGUAAGCACCUAGCCCUGAGUGAAGGGAUGAGGGGGGGUGGGGGGUGACACACUGAUGCCCCUCUGGUAAUAAACCCCCCUAAACCCCACAGCCACACUCCCAAACCCACCCUCCCUUCUCUAUGUGCCUCAAUCUUCCUGCUUAACCAAUUGGUGUUUCUUUUUUACAGCUAUUUGAUCCUGCCCAUGUUGUGCUGAUGGUAAACUUAGUGGUAAAUGUUAUUUUAUCCCCCAAUUGAAUUGUUUUUUUGUUUUGUUUUGUUUUUUUACUUUUAUUUUUGUUUUCUUUUAUUUUCUCCCAUUUUUUUUGUUUUCCUCUCAUCAGAGCACCAAUGCUACAUAGGCUUUCAAUUCUCUCUGUAUUAGUCCUCAUUCUGCUGCUUGUAUAUUAUCAUGCAUAUGUAUUACUCUUAGAACAUUGUCAUUUUGUUUGUUUUCAGUUUUUUUCAACCUUGUGAUUCACACCCUGUGAUUUAGACGCACAUUGUUUUUGUCUGGUCCCUUUCUUUUCCACUGGAAUGGAUAAUGUGGAAGUAUUGUCACUGUGUUCAGAGAUUGGUGAUAGUUUUGGGAUGACUGUAAUUGUUUUAUUAAUCUUUAAUUCUGGGCCUGGCUUGUGAUGCCAUUCAGACGGACCACUGCAGUGGCUGGCUAACACACCAACACGACUUUGGUUUCACUUCUCUACCACUGUAGGGCAGAGAGCGUGGACACACAUCUAUCAAUAGAGUUUCCUGAUCCAGAUAUAACACAAUCACACUUCUCUCACUCUUGGGGGAAUAAUAAACACUCUGUAGUCAUGUAAUCAGUGUGAGAAGGAUUCCUGUCCAAGUUCACCAAGCUGCCAGACACUGCAGUGGUAUGGAAAGUCCAAGUAGGCCAUUAUGUUACGAUGCCCAUGCGUCUAUGAUUCCAGAAUUAAUAUGUCAUUGGGCUGUGAUGACUAAAACAAUGACACAAGUAUUCACUUCCGAUCAAGUUCUUACCUAGCUCAGUCCAGAAAGGUAAGAAUAUGUUAAGAAUUAGCCCCAUUGAAAGUGAGAAGUCUCUUCAUUUGAAAAGACAAAGUAAUUUGUUCAUAGGUGUUUUUCUCUGUUAGAGAAAAACCAAAAUCCACCCUCAGGAUCAGGCACAAUCUUAUUUUUCCAAACACAAUGCUUACAUUACAGUUCCAUAUGCCCAAUGGUAUACAUGGCAAAUUGAUUCAUGAAAACUAUUGUCAGGUAUGUGGGAGGAAAAAAACUGAAACCAAACUGAAUUGAUGAUCACUAUCAGUAAGAUCGAUUAUUAUAUCUGGCUGGCAACAGGAGCAGCAGACUAGUCCAAAUUCUCUUUGCCUUCUGUGUUAAGAUUCCCCUGUCUAUCUAUCUGUCUGUCUGUCCCCCCCUUCCCUCUCCCCCUACCCAUACCCAUGUUUUUGCCAGGUAAGUAUCCCCAUCCCUUGCACUGUCACCAUGGCGAUACCUGGCCUGUGACGUCACUCUGCUGUAGUUCAGUGCUUGUGUCCUUUUUUUUAUUUAAUUUUUUACUCUGUCUGUCUCUCUGCUUUGUUUGGCUGAUUAUGAGUGGAUUAAGCAAUUCUGUGUCAAUCUCCAAAGUAGUUUUGAUUUUUAUAUAUUUUAUAUCUUAAAUGUUUCAUUCUGUUUUUGUUCUUUUUUUUUUUUCUUUUUGGUUGUCUUUGGUUUGUUUAUUUUUCUACAGUUAAUUUCCUUCUGAGCUAGCUCUUUUCACAGCUUACGUAAUGUACUUCAAGUAGACAGGGGAAAGCAAUCUUUCAGCCCAAGUCACAAUGAGUAAGGGGGCCAGGGUAGGACAAGGGGCAGUUUGGGAUUCAUGACAGUGAGGGGGCUUUGCUAGGGUCAGCCAGUCUGCUGACAUUUCAGAACAAGGUGAUGCAGUAGGCUUUAGAUAAUAUAGAGGAGCUUUUUCCCCCGGUGUCGCAGUGGCAGUAGCUGCACAGGACCACAGCACCCUACUUUUCAGCACACACAGAACACACUGUCCCUGGAGCUGUAAUGUCCUUAAUAAACAGGGCACUUUGGUUAAAAAGGACCGCAACAAUGACUCAGUGAGGAGGGACAGUGGAUGACACUUCAUAGAAUUGAAAUGGAAACAGAUUGGUGCUCUUUUUUUAUUUUUUAAACUCCAUCUUUCUAUAGUAGUAAAGAAGGCUCAGUUACCCUGGUACCCUUUACUUCUUCACCAAAUUGCAGCUAACUUUAACUAAUUCAAAAUGCAAAUCAGCAGCCAGCUCAAACGUCACAGGAAAGCCAGAUAAAUUGAUCAUUGCUCAAUGGCUGCAGUAAGCUGUGAGAAUGGCUGGUGUUUGGUUCACUGUAGCUUUCUGGUCUCUUUGCACUUCAAGGCAAAAUUUUCUAACCCCAGCACCCUAUGCUCUAAAAGCAGGCUGUCUUCGAACUGGCCCACUGUCCCGGUCUCAGACACUCACCAGCCCUCUUUCUCUGUCUAUUCCCCCAGGACGCACCGACCCUGUGCCCAUCGUCCUCAAAUAUGAUGUCAUGGGGAUGGGACGCAUGGAGAUGGAGGUAAGAUCAUUUAGAUUUGAUCUCUAUCUCACCUUUAUAUGUUCUCGAAACGAAAACUUCAUUACACAACAGUAAACUCAGAAACAGCAUGGUGCUGACAAUGAUUAGCUUGUUUUUUGAUAGUUCUACUUAGGGGUGUCCCGAUACAACUUUUUGACUUCUGAUACAGUACCAAUAUUGUAGCCUUCCGUAUCGGCUGAUUCUGAUCUGAUAUUGGCACAAAAUUGUGCAUGACAAGUUUUUCACUCAGCUGCAAUGUCUUUUUCGGACUUAAACAAAAAAUACUGCCACAACGCCGAUCAACGCCAUCACUCUUACUCCUGGCUACUGUGUCAGUACCUUAGUACACACUGUUGUUGUCCAUUUCAGAGACUGCUUGUAUGGGAGAUUUUAGAAGAAGGCCGAUAUAAUCUGAAAUUCGUUUUUUUGCUGCUAUUAGACCAAUAUCAAUAUCGUAUCAAGACACUUCUAGUUCUACCCUUCUAAAACCCCAGCUGUAAUGUGUGAGAUCUGCUUCCAUUCAGAGCAAAAAUCCAAGAUCACAGAUUGGAUCUUGAUCAGACUACCUCAUGGUAAAUCCUCUAGUUUUAUAAAUCUGCUCUUGGUUGUGAUGCUCUUGAUAACUUCCAAAAAAAAAACUUUGGAAGAAUCAUGGGUGUCCAUUUCCAAAUGAAUCUCCAUGGCAGAAAAGCUCCCCAUGAGCCAAACAGCUCUGUUUGCAGUGCCAGGUUUGAACUGGAGUCAUGUAAAGCCUGGUAGAGUUGGCCUGUCGAGAAGAGAAAACACUCUCUCAGGUUAUCAAUCCAGCCUCACCAGCUGGCGGUCUGACACACAGAUCAGAGUGUGAACCGCAGAUGCCAGGAAAACAUGACUGGAAUGAAAGAAUAGUUGCCAAAUGCAAAUCAGUCAUUGUCGACAGAAAGAGCUUGUCCCUGUAGCUCAGUGGAAGACAAGUCUGAAGUGCCACAACACGCAGUGACACACAAUGUGAUCCUGUGCUAAUGUCUGUGUGAUAACUGCCCCAGUGAGUUACAAAGCCUGAUCCGGGCAGGAAUCCAGUCUGGUCCAAAUCUUCACUGCUGUGUGCAGAGUUAUCAAGACUUAACUAUGAAUCGCACAGAUGAUCAGACAAAAAAUACAGAAUAACAGAGCAAUGUCAAAGCGACUUGGUGAAGAUGAAAUCUAAAAAACAGCAGCCGACGUCUUCAACAGCUGAAAUCAGAAAGACACAUCUGUUACUAACAUUUUCUCUUACUUUUUUACUUUUGUUUUUAAAAAGGAAAUGUAGUCCACCUCACUUAAUAAAUAUUUCGAGUUUGCUCUGAUUAUUUAUCUGUCCUUUCAGCUGGAUUAUGCAGAAGAUGCCACAGAGAAGAGAAGAGUGCUUGAGGUGGAGAAGGAGGACACAGAAGAACUGCGGCAGAAAUACAAGGUGAGGCUUAGAUGUGUCAGUCUCUUCUAUUCUGUACUGCUGUGUUUCUGUGGGCUUAACCCAGAGAUAAGCGCUCUAUUAGACAGAACAAAGUAUUCCAUAAAGUUACUUCAGUGCUUUUUAGAACAGUCUCGGCUUCCCUCACUCACUCCCUCCUGUAUUUAUCGUCUCUCUUAGGACCAGAUGGAAAAGGAGAAAGCUAUUGCAAAGGCUCUCGAAGACCUGAGAGCAAAUUUCUACUGUGAGCUGUGCGACAAACAGUACACCAAACACCAGGAGUUCGACAACCACAUUAACUCCUAUGACCAUGCUCACAAACAGGUACUUGUGUUAAUUACUAUUCUAUCGGCUCUUUCGAUUGAGUUCUAAAAAAUACAUGUAUUUUUUUUCCACAUGAGAAAAGAUCCUGAUGUCGUGUGUUUUUCUGUUCUGCAGCGGCUGAAAGAGCUGAAGCAAAGAGAGUUUGCCCGAAAUGUUUCAUCCCGUUCACGGAAAGGUGGGAAGAAGCAAGAAAAGAUGCUCCGCCGAUUGCAUGAGCUUGCUGAGCAGAGGAAACAACAGGACCGGUAUGGCUCUUUUUCCCGGGUGCCCUCUGCUGGCCGGUUUGGUACCUGUGGCUAGAACAUUGGAGCAACGUUUUUAGUCAAACAAAGCCUACUUUAUAAAUCAGAAUGUCAUUUUCAUAAUUUAGUCUGGCUGAAGGUUAAAGCAUGUUUCAGUAUUAUGUAUUUUCUUAGUCUUUCGGUGUCUGCAGAAGGGAGAUAAUUAUGACUCUCUCAGUUACUCUCUGUUGAUAGCAUGACUCUCAUAUGGUAUGCAAGCUUUAAAAAUCUACUCAUAUCAGAUAAUUGUUUUACCUGUGUGUUUCAGCACUCCAGGAAGUGGGCCCAUGUUCAAAACCACCACAGUUGCAGUGGAUGGAGAAAAGGCUGAAGACAGUGAAAUCCUGAUACCUGAGAACCCUGUCCUGACUGACAGUGUCCCAGAAGGAUCACUGGUAGACAGAAGUGAACAAGCCUCCCCAAAGCCAGCGUCAACCAUCAGCUUCUCUUUGGGCAAGAACAGCGCCUCCUCUCCGACCUCCAGUGCUGCAUCCAAAGUCAGCGUGUCCUUCUCGUUUGCUAAAAAAGCCCCGGUAAAGCUGGAGACAGCAGCAGCGGUGUUUGCUGAUCACGGAGAGGAGGCAAUGGAGGAAGAGGAGGGCCAAGAGGGGGAAAAGGCUGCAGGACAGGAGGAGAUAUCCGGCUGUAGUACAGACAGCCCUAGAGGUGGAUCAGCAGGAGGGGGAGGAGAUGGAGGAGGCGGAGGAGGAGGCGGUGGAGGAGGAGGAGGAGGAGGUGGAGGAGGUGAAGUCAGUAGUGUGGCAGCUACAGAAGAGGUGCAGCCAGCUGAUGAUGGAGGCUCUCUCGCCUCCACUCUUAACAAACUAAAGAUGAUGAUGAAAAAAGAGGAAGGAUACGCUGGACAGGAGCCUCAGUACUAUCACUAUAUACCUCCAGCCCAUUGCCGGGUGAAACCUCACUUCCAGUUUCUGCUUUUUAUGAAGGCCACAGAUCAGUGUCAGAGCAAAGAAGAGGAAGAUGAGGAAGACAGGGCAGAGGAGAAAAAGGACGAGGACUGCCCAGAACAGACAGAAUCCUGUGACACGGAGUGCAAGUCCGAACAAGAACAAGAACAAGAACAGGUGACCUCAACCCCUGACCCAGAGCCAGCUCCUCCGUCCCUCAGAGUUAAGACAGAGGAUUUGUCCUUAUGCGCAGCAGACACAUCUUCAACUCAACCCAGCUCCCCUGCACAGAAAGCAGAAAGCACACAGGAUACUGAGGAGUCAAGCUCUGGUCCAAAAGUACCCACAGGUCCCUUCUUCCCUGUUUUGAGCAAAGAUGAGAGCACCACCCUGCAGUGGCCCUCUGAGCUCCUUGAAUUCACAAAAGCGCAACCAUCUCUGUCUUACAGCUGCAACCCCCUCUACUUUGAUUUCAAACUGUCCCGCAACAAAGGAGCUCGUGGUGGAAAAGCAGCCAAGUCCCCCAAGCCAAGUGAAGAGUCAGAGGACAAGGGCCAUGAGACAGCCACUUCAACGACAGAUGUAGAUUCAACCAAAACUGGGACCGCCACUGACAAAGAGAAAUCAGCGACAAAGGGAGAGCCCGGCCAAUCAGAGGGUGAAGAGCAAAAACCUGCUACAAGCAGCACUAAUACCAAGAAAAAGAAGAAGAAGAAGAAGCAUAAGAAGUCUGCAAAGCACUCAAAACGCAAAGGAAAAGAAAAAGGUGCGAAAGAAGAAGCAGAGGGAGAGACAGAGGUAACCCAGGAGAAGCCGAAAAAGAAGAAAAAACACAAACGGAAGAAGAGUAAAAACAAGGCACCGGACCAAGAUGAAGCAACAGGCGAUGAAAAGGAAAAAUCCAAACCUAAGACAGAUGACAAAGCUGUUGUCUCGGUUCAGCUCCCAACUGGAGAGGCGGGAUCAACGGAAAAUACAGGGGUAGAAACAGGAAAGAGGAAGCGUGCUGCUAAGGAAGUGCCUUGCAAGUCUGGAGCCGAGGAAGGAGGAGCCGGUAAAGGCACAGAGAAGGCCAACUCAUCAGAGGAGCACAGUGGUACCAAGAGGCAAAAGACUGACUCCAGUGCACCUCAAAGUGCCUCCUGCUCAACCUCAGCUCAGAAGAGUCCCGGUCCUGGGAGACCUCCAAGCAGUGAAAGUGAAGAAGAAGGGGGCUCCAAUACUCAGCGCUCGCGUCAUCACAGGUCUAGUCCUCGGGAACAACGCCGACAUCAUAGCGAGGAAUCAGGGCGAUCCUGUAGCCGUUCCUCGAGACGUGGGGAAAGAAGGGGCAGCAGUCGCGGGCGCCAUCGUGGCCAAAACUCCCGCAGUCACUCGUACUCCAGCAGCUCUGAGCGGUCCUCAGCAGGCAGCAGCGCCUACAGCCACCGCAGUCGCAGCUACUCUGAUAGCUACAGCGACUACAGCACAGAGGGUCGAAGACGCAGGCACUCAAAACGGUCAUCGGACUCUGAGUAUGAAAGGAGGGGAAGUCGAGGACGCAGAAGAUCCAGAAGACAUAAGUACUCCUCUUCCUCUUCGGAAGACUCUCGCUCACGCUCACGCAGCUACAGUCGCAGGAAGAGGCACCGCCGGCACCAUCGGAGCAGUUCCCGAAGUUCCAGCAGUUGGAGCCGUAGUACCAGUGCUAGGUCCUGGAGGCGCAGUUACAGUCGAAGCCGCAGCUCGGGCAGCCGCUCCUCCAGCUCCACCAAAGCCUCUCCACGUCGACGAGGCCCCCGAAGUCGAGCAGACAGCGACAGUCACCGCAGAGACUUCAACCGCUCUCACAUCUAUCGCUCUCAAUCCCCACGCUCCUCUACAUCACGAGGCCUUAACCGCAACACGCAUUCGUCAAGCUCACAAGGUCUGAGGCUGGGGGCAUCACGAGACGCGGGGGAACAGAAAAACAGCCUUACCGCUCGCCAACUGCUGGAGAAGGUUCAGUCUAAGAAAAGCUCUGAUGAUUCUACCACAGGGACAAAAUCUGGGCUUAAGAUCAAGGACCCUCCACAGGGUUACUUUGGUCCCAAACUUCCCCCCACCCUGGGAAGCAAAGCAAUGCUGCCGCUUUUUGGGAAGCUGCAGGCAGGAAAAAAGCCAGUGAUCCCCCUAACCAGACCCGAUGACGGAGAGAAGUCAGGAGCAGGAAAAAGUUCAGAGGCUGAGCAAGAGGUCAUCCUGGUGGAGCCCAUACGGGAGUUCCCCCCUCCACCACCUCCUCCAGCCCCUCCUGUACAGAAGGUUGAGGAAGCACCACAGACCACAGUGGUGCAGGAGGAAACCCAGCACCCUGCUGCUGAACCCCAGGUACAUCCAGAACCCAGACCUUUGUUUGAACAGGAGCCUUCCAUGAUGAUUCCUCAGUACCAAGGAGAACCGGGACAAGACCCAUCCCAAAACCCGAUGAUGGAGUCCCUCUUGCCAGAAAUGCAACAGCAGCAGCCGCCAAUGCACGCCUACCCUGCUUACCCACCACCCAACCUGGAGGAGGACGGCAUGGAGGCAGAAGAAGAUGGACUGGCUCCUUUGGAGAGUCAGCCCAUAACUUUCACCCCAGAGGAGAUGGAGAAGUACAGCAAGCUGCAGCAGGCUGCACAGCAGCACAUCCAGCAACAGCUUCUGGCCAAACAGGUCAAGACGUUCCCCUCUGCAGCUGCUGCUGCAGCUGCUGCAGCCGCAGCUGCAAACUUGGCACCUGCUCCCCCCCCACCUGCCCUGCAGCAGAUCCACAUCCAGCAACCCACCGUGUCUGUGGCCUCCGGCACAUCCAUCACCACAGUGCAACACGCCAUCCUACAGCACCAUGCUGCUACUGCUGCAGCAAUGGGCAUCCACCCAGCUCACCCCCAUCACCCACACCCUGCACAUGCCCAACUGGCCCAGGUACACCAUAUUCCCCAGCACCAUCUCACCCCCAUUUCCUUGUCUCCUUUAGGCCAUUCCCUAGGUCAUUCUCUGGGACACUCAUUAGGACAUGCUGGGUUGAUUCCUGCCCACCCUACUGCCUUCCUCUCCGGCCAGCCUAUACAUAUAAUCCCAGCUUCUGCACUUCACCACACCCCUCUCGCCCUGCACCACGUACCUCACGCUGCCCUCUACCCCACACUGUUCACGCCCCGGCCCUCUCAGGCUGCUGCUGCAGCAGCCCUCCAACUCCACCCACUGCUUCACCCAAUCUUCUCAGGGCAGGACCUCCAGCACCCGCCUAACCAUGGCUCUUGAGUAAUGUCAGAAGUGAGAAGGAGUGUACUCAUGUCGCCCAGUCACUGGAGAAAAGAUUUAUCCAAAACCACUUUGGUUUUUGGAUGGAAGAUGAAGUCUGUGACAUUACACAAGCAGUGAGACAGGAAGCUGUCAAUAAACCACCGUGUUACUGACCUCCACAGCGCAGCAAGUUGUAGCCACAAAGUGGUGCUGCCUGUUUUGAGUCAGAAAUGACACAAACUGUUUUUUUCUGGCUCAUGUAAGAUUUUUUUUUUCAUAUUCUUCCCUGAAUUUUUAUAACAGGGUGUUGAUUAAAAGAGACUCCAUCAAGAGACUGGUUUAUAUUCCAGUUUAGGGUGUAUUUACACCAACCACUUGUUUUUGAUUAAGUCAGAGUAACCACUGGAUUUUUUUCCCCACAUGCAGUUGUUGCUCUUUUUUUAAAGCUAAAGAGAGACGCACUGGCUGAAUCUAAAAAGCAGAGUCAUGUUAGGGUGAUGAUGUGUUUUAGUCGUGGGGACACACUGCUUGGAUUCUGUUACCUUCAGAGAGGAACUGUUUAACAAUAACUGAUCAUCUGUUUUUGUGCGCAUUAUGACUACUCACUCUAUUGGACUCAUGGUCUCAAAUUCUUUGUAAUGCAGUAACUUGUACAUAUAUCAGUGUGUAAUGUGAAGAAGCCCACCGAUGGUGAUCAUUUCAAUUUACAGCCAUGGUGUCCAAAUUUGUACGACAUGGGGUUCUGUGAUGUGGGGGUUUUAUCAUCCCCGAUGCUUUGAGGCAAACUUGUGUCCACUGGGGUUUGGGGACACCUGAAUGAAUUGCACUGAAAUAUGUACAUCAAAGUGGUGCGUGUGCAUCCUGUAACAAUAUGAUUGUAGUAUACUGCAAUAAUAGUAUUUUUCUGUUUUUAAAUUAUUUUCUAAAAUGCUCACAGAAAGAAGAGCUGUGUUUUGCUUUUGUGUAAUUUUGUAAAUAAAACUGCUGUAGAUUAACCUAUUAACACUCUAGAGGUUGAGACUGGCGUUGGGAUGAAUUGAACGACGAGGUGGACGGACACGUGCGUGUAUUUUAUGAAGGUUGUUUCCAAUUGAACUUGGCUUACAGGGGCUGAAUUGACAGAAGAAUAAUGAUCAGUCAAACAGUAGCAACUCUGUAUUUUCUAAAAAACUUUCUGUCUCAGCAAAUAAAAUAUUGAGUUCAUGUGUCUUUUCUCCUCUGUAUUGUUGAUUUAAAUCACAGAAAUCCCUCUGAAAGCCUGUGCGGCAGUGAAACACUAGGUGGAGCCCUAAUUUCAGAAAACAGCUGGGUCAAAGCAGCGAAUUCAUAAAAAACACAAGUAGGAGCUCUGGGUUCCAGCUGCUCAGGAAGGUGUUGUGUAAAGUUUCCAGACCAGUCACAGUGAUGUACUAAGGAAAUGAAACAUGUUUAAUUAUGUUGAGAACAAUCACUCACAUAGUGAGACUACACAGGAGCAUAAGUUCAAGAGAAGCUAACAGUUUCAGAAUCAAUGCAUCUGUUUUCUUGAGAUUUUCACAUCCACUCAGUUUAUCAUCUCAGAAAGACGUUUCAAAACAGGUCAUCUCCAACUGCGACAUAGAAACAUUGAGGGAUGUGAUUCUGUGCUUUAUGAGAUGGAAUUACACAGAGCAUUACUAACAGAUUCAGUAAAAGGAAUUUAGUAGAGGUUAGAGUCAGUUCAUUGAAGAGAUCACUUUGAUGAAACAUUAAAAGCCAUUCAGGCUUCUGGAGUUCUUGAUAGAUUCAAUGUGGUUUAGAUAAACAGAUCAGGCCUCAGGUGUGCAACAGUAAUCUGAGGGGAGCAGCAAACUUAUUUGAAAGAAAAACAAAAUACUGUAUUAAAUCCGGGUCUUCAACCAUACCAUUUUUUGGUGCCUAAAAUGAUAAACAAAAGUAGUUGAGAGCAAGUGGUCAUGGCACAGCUUGUCAAAAGAUUUCCUCAAUCAAAUGUUGAAAUCCGUUCUGCCAUUGUUUCAUAUCAUGAGGGAUGAAGAAAUGUCCACGGCUGAUCAUUAAGUGUCUUUGGGGAUUCAGUGGAUGGAGGUCAACCCAGGUAUCUGAUCACUAAGAACAUGAAGAUGCAGGUCAACAGCAUGCCCCCAAUCAUGAUGAAUUUAUCCUCAGUGGCUCGCCUCUCUAUCAGCCUCAUCACGGUGUUGGACAGCCCUAACAUGUUGGCCACAUUCAGCAUCUUCUUAUGGACGUCCUGUGAACAGUUGAAACACACACAGCUUUGAAUUAGACCACAACAACCAUAAAUAGUGCUUCAGGGAAAUGCAGCUGUCUCAUCACGACGUAAUUAUCAACAGUAAUUUAUCUGAUUUCCGGAGUGCCAACACCCAUUCUGACGCGCCACUCCGUCAGACUUGUCUCACGGCGAGACAACCGGGCAACAGACACACCCUGAUAAGAGGAGGCCUGCAGCAAAACCAGGAAGACCUUCUCCACCCUGGAAACACAGACUAGCCCUCCAGCUGUGCACUAGGCACUGACAAUGAGACUAUUGUGGACACUUUAAAAAUGUGUCAUGGAACAUCACCAUUUAAGGACUGUGCUGGCUGUCUUCAAAACAAUAAACCAAUCAAAAUCUCAGAUAACUGAACGUACCACUAAUAUAUUAUUAAAAUCAAUUCCAUGCACACCUUCAGCCAUGAUCUCUGAUCUUUGAGACCAUCCAGGAUGCUCCUUCCACUGCCCAGGAUGUCGUCAACUUGCGAAUGUGCAUUUUGCAGGCCGGCGUUAAACCUUAGGGUCUCGUCUAUGGGGAUGGAGGUAUCUGCAUCCUUUUGAAAAAGAACAAUCAUUUAUUUGAAUUCAUUAUUAGGCCAUUUUGUUGGUUACACUGUAAAUAUAACUAUGUUACACUAGACUUACAUUGGUGGUGAAGGUCCUGCUCAUGAGCUCUUCUCUCUCUCUCUCCUGGGCUUCCCUGGCGUAGCGUCGCUGCUGGAAGUUGUGUAAGGCUGUGCGAAUGUGUUGGACGUCAUAUUUGAGCUGGUCCACUCGUCUAAGGGAAUACAAAGGAUGAUUUAAUACACUGUGACUGGCUGUUUUAGACAAUAUAUCUGUACCUGGAGUGUGCUGUUUCUCCAGUUAAGAGUUUUUGUGAUGGUGGGACUUCUAAAGGAAAUGUUUUCACAGUACUAUGUCCUCUUCUACACCCUUCCUCAACUAAAUAUGAUUUUGCGCACCUCUGCAGCUUUGAGGGUGUCUUAUCACCUUCAGUUUAAUCACUCCAUACUCACAGUUUGGCUUUCUGGCGGCGGUUUGGCAGUUCUUUGUUGGCCAGGAUCUCAAGACGUUCUAGGUGAUUGAAGAUCUGAUCGAUUCUGGCCUGCAGCUCGUUCUCUAACACUAGAGUGAGGAGGGAAAAGAAAGAUUACAGACUACAAAAACAGACAAGGAAGGAUUAAUCCCUAAUGAAAGGGGUCUUCUGCUGUGGUCCCACCAGCAUGUGACAAGAAGCCCUCCCUGCUCCUGUCACUGCGCACCCAACCCUCUUCUUCCUGUUCUGGCCAACAGCUGAUUGGGCUGGCACCAAGUAUCAAAAACAAUGAGCCGUGGGGACACCAAGCCCCUCCUUUAUUUCACUGCCGUCAAAACAAGGGGCCCAGACUCAAAUCAAGAUCAUACAGUAGGGGAGAGUGGGGUAAGAUGAGCCAUUUUUCAUAUUUCAGAUCACUACAUCAAGGCAAUCAUAGUUUUGUCCCUAACUAGUGUAUCUAGGGAUGGGAAUUUAUAUGAUUUUAUCGAUAUCCAUGCCAUUAUCGAUUCGCUUAUCAAUUCAAACUUUGAUUCCCUUAUUAAUGCCUCUCUUUGAUUUAAAAAAAGUAGACUAUAGGUUUUCAAUGUUGACUCAAAAUUUUAUUGAGUCUUUGAUAACAGAAAAAGAUGUAUGCCACCUUGGAUGAGAGUCUAAAAGUAAUCAAACGAAAAACUAUUUGUACAGCAUUUACUUGGUCCGUAUUAAGUCAAAUUAGGGUGACCAUACUCUGGAUCCCCAAAAAGAGGACACAGCUUGGAGUUGUGUGCAAAAUUUUUAGGGUUUUUCUGGUCGGGUCGAGUGUUUUUUUACAUGCGUCAAACUCAGGUAGUCCACGCUACACAAACUCAAAACUUCCAUAAAAAAUUCCUUGUUGUCUUUCUUAGUAAAAUGAAGCCACGCUUUAGAUCGUUUCUGCCUACUUUUCGUACCAUCUGCCAUGUUUUUUUCCUCAAACUCUCUGUUCUUGUCCGCAUAGACUGCCUCUCACAAGACCGUUUUCCAAAGCCACUAGAAGAAAGGAAUCGUCAAGGGAAUCAUUAAAAUGAAAAGUAAACGAUGUCGAUUGAUUGAACCGGUUCCCGAUUCCCAUCCUUAAGUGUAUCUGCAUAUAUUUCAAGAUGUUGUGCAUCCCUGCAAACCAACAGAAUGAGUGUAAACAGAACUGUCUUGAUAAUAUAGCAUGCCAAAAAAAAAGGUGGUCUCCUAUGGUCAUAUGAAGGGGGUAAAUUGAGUCAUCCCUACUACUCCCACACUCUCCACCCCAGCCCUCCCUUCCCCUUCUCUCUCCCUAAAUAACAGUCACUUCUUCACAUUCAUGUGUAUUUUUAUCUAUUAUACGCUUUUCAACUAGUACAAUAAUUAUUUUUUGUUAUUAUUAUUAUUGCAUAUAACUGCUUAAAAGCUGUUUUGUCAAGAGUGAAAAAUGAUUUUUUGAAAGUAAAUGUCUAACUCCUUCACCCAUGUGCUUCUAACCUCACAGACUCCAUGAAUUGAUGCCCAUCUCCUUAACAUUUGGUUAUAUGUCAUCAAUUUCUUUUACCAUUUUCAAGCAACAGGGGGUGGCUCAACUUACCCCACUCCCCCCUAUAUAAUGGAAAUGGACAAGAGGUGGUGCACUCAAACUCAAAGCAAAAGGAGAGCAGAAUAUGACAGUCACAUAAAAUAACAAUGUCCAAAUCACUACUUACAGUGUAUUGACUCUCGAUCCGUCCUCUCCAGACCCCCCAUAAGACUGUGAACCUCCUGGAUCUGCCUGUAGCGGACAAAGUACAGCUUUAAGAGGGGUUCGAGGACAUAUGGUCCCGACUGUUAGGUCAUCUCUUAAAACCACAACUAACUCUAUUUAAUACUUAUUUGAGAAUAUACAUAAGGAAAAAUCUGAAUGUGUUUUGAAUGGUUUGCUACAAUAACAGCUACAGUUAGUUUGAUGGUAAUUAGCUUAAACAGCUGCACCAGUAUGUUUCUUCAAUCACAGUCACACUCACUUGUUUGUCUGAUGGUAAAGCGCCUCCAUCUUCUUUGUUAUGCCGAAUCUCUUUAUUAUUAUUAUACUUUCCUCCACAGGUUUCUUUAGCUGGAUCACCUUACCUCUCUGACAGGUAGCUAGGCUAGCUAAACUAGCUGACGCUGUUCGGGUGUACACGUCAUCGCCAGAGCGUUUGUGUACGUGAACAACAAAGCGGAAGUUGCGCUGCGUCAUCAGAGAGAGGGGGAAAACGAAGAGCGCUCACUCCGUGUCGAAUUUAAGAGUAAGGAUCUUCUCUAUUGGCUUUAUUUGGCAUUAAAUUUCAUAAUGAGUUCACACAUUCAGUUCUGUACUCAUAGUAUUGUAAAGGAUACGUUUAAAGGUAAAGAAAGUAGCUUUGGUGGCCUCACGCAUAUUGAAGACCACUGUUUAGUUUCAGAAGAUGCGCCACCCAGUGUCUCAAUUUGUCAACAGCACAAAGCCUAAGUUGGUUUGACAUCAAAUUCAAAACCCCAACACUUACAACACUUUUUAAAUUCAUGUUUGUGAGUUGUAACAGGACACUAACAGUCAUGCAGACACAGAUUCGUGUGUGGUUGCUCACAGGCAGCCAACCCUAUAAUAAGGCUACACACCUGCUGCUAAAACCCCCAAAUUUAAAUCAAAGCUGUUGAGUGUUAAAUAUAAUAGGUGUUCUCUUUGCCAUAAAGGCUAUCAGGUGUGAUAGUUGAGAUCCUUUCCCCUACUAGGUUGAGCUUUCAGGGCGUAAUCUGUUGACAUGUCGACAUGUGACAGGAAAGGCUCUGUGAAACAUGUCCUAGGGCUAGUUUUUGUCAGCUUGCUCUGAUUCAGUCAAAUUAGACUAUCCUCUUUUUUUUCUAAAGAUAGGUGUCAGAAUAUCCUUCUCUGUCCAUCCACUUGCUUUCUUCUCGCCUGCGGUCAGACACACGAAAAACCAAAGAUAUCAAACUUUUCAUUGUGAGGUGAGAUCACUGCAAAGAGAGGAGAGGAUGUCUGAGGAUGCAGACAGGCUGUUUGUGUAGCUUCCCCUCACAGAUUAGUUUGACACUGAGUGCUGUGUGAAUGUAGCAUGAUUGGAUUUCCCAGAAGUAGCUGUGAAUAUUUCACAAUCAUUCCCCUGUGAUUAUUGGGAGGACAAUCCUCCUGAGGCGCUACCUGGCAGGCUGGCACCUUAACAAAACCGCAUCUCAAUCACCCUGUUGCAACCCUGCGCCAUAUGGUCUGAGCUAUCUGCUGGAACUGGAACGUGAAAAUCAAUAAGCAAGUGAUGCAAAUGUAUUCACCUUGAACCUGAUUAGUGCGGUGAACUGUUAGACGCUCCUGUAUGCUGGUGGUAGCUGUGUUUGUUUACCUCACUCACUCAGCACAGCGGUGUGGAAAGCAGUCCAGACAGUUCUCCACAGCUGCCUGAUGCUACUUGAGUUGAUGGUUGUAUCUUCAGGCAAGACACUUCUCAACGGAGGUCCUGUUUUCAGCCACCCCCACAUGUCAGCUACCUUGAGAUCUGUUCAUGCCACUUCUUGCUCUCACUGUUCUCCAUUUUUGGUUGUCAUAACACAUUCCAAGGAGAAGCACAGUUUUAACCUGUUGCUUGGAAUGGAGAAGAAGUAAGAGAAACAGGACCCCGCAAACCAUCUAAGGACCCCCCCUCCUUCCCGCACACACAUAAACACACACACUUCUCUUUCUUCAUCUCUCAAGGUCGUGGGGUUCCUUCUGUCUGUCCUUUAUCUUUCAGCCCUGAGGAAGGGAUGAGAUGAGCUUACUGGUUUCCCUCCACACCUGAGCACCACGGGCACAAACUUGAAUCCUUUCUCCAGGUGUGGAGCACAAUCACACCAGUCAGACUGACCAAGAAGUCACAUGCGGUUGCACCAAAGCAAUGCUGAUGUCCAAAUGUCACUACUGGAGUUUCAUGCACAUUCCUUCAAGCUUUGUUUUAGCCCCAUCUAAGAGGUUGUAUAAUCAGGUACUUUGUUUUUGGUACAGGGAUGCAAUGUUUUUGUAGAUAUUUGCUGCUUGUUUGUGGAGAGCUCUCAUUUAUGAAUAAAAAUCCUUGGUUCCAAACAUUUGUUUAGUUAAGACACACACACCAUCAGCAUCAGAUGACUACAAACCGAAUUUGCUUUAUUAAAAUAAACCAUCAGGCAUAAAAGCCCCAUUCAGAAUAAGAUAAGAUAUUUCUUUAAUAGUCCAACAUAAUAUGAAUGCUGAAAAUUACAGCAUAGCCCUUUUUUCAUCAAUAAUGUGUAAAUACAAACCUAUAAACACUAUCUGAAUGUGUUGGGAGUGGGCUUUGGAAGUUUUAAAAAUACUACCUAAUACAAAUUAAUAGAUACUUUAUUAAUCUUGCAUAUAAAAUUCACUUCAAGAUUAAGUUGGGCAGCAUUCAGCAUAAAAUACAUUUAUCUACGCAUGCAUCAGGAUUCAUAUAAAUGUAAUUGGCUGAAAAAUUAACUGUGUAUAUGUAUACUAGCUAAUUACUGCCUUUAUUUUGGAAUAUUAUUUACAACAAAUUACACAACUUCGA